AUGAAGUAUCUAAAUCAUAUUUAUAUUUUCAUAAAUUUUUCGUAAAUAGCUUUAUUUCAAAUUUUCAACACUAUUUAUUCAAAUGAAUUUGUAUUCGUCAUUUGGUAUAAAGGAGGAUAUCCGAAAAAAUGUGUUAGAGUGUAAUGUGCACACCUAACUUAUCACGUUAUCUUAUAAAUCAAAAAUAAAAUUGAUUUGCUCAAUGUAGUCAGUUUUUGACAUAAUAGGCGAUUAAGGUUCUGCUUCAAUAUUAACCUCAACGAUUUGCAAAUUAACAAUUAUACAUGAUUUAUCGUAAUCAGUGUAUUUUGUGAACUAUUUACCUAUUUUGGAUCGAAAAGUGAGUCAAUAAAGAGGGUUGACAGUGGUUAUAAUAUAUAAUUUUGCUAAUUUUGUAAUCAAAUCAAAUCAAAUUAAGUAUUAUGACGUAUACCAUUAUAUUUUAUUAUUCCGCAGAAUGAAUAUUUGAUCAUUUUAUUAAAAAGUUUUAUGUUUUUUAGAAAUACCCCAAGUAUAUACAUGGUUUAUGGUGGGCAAUGAAUUUUGUGAAUGAUUUGAGAGUGAGACGUUGGGCAGAAGCAGGUUUCUGAAUCGUCAACUAAAUACUACUAAAAUUAAUAAUGAAAUAUCCCAUUAAUAUAUAUUUUUUCUUAAAUUUACGUAAUAAGAUUUAUUUCAACACUAAAUAUGAGUUUGUAUAAAAGAGGAAAUCUGAACAAUUGUGUUUGAGUGUGUAAUGUGCACACAUUACUUACCAGGCUCUCUCAUACCUAAGUAAAAAGUAAAAUCAAUUUGCUCAAACAGAUGGUUUGUAAGGAAAUAGGUGAUAAAGUUCUUUGUUAAUCAGCCUCAACGCAAUAAUAGUUAUAAAUACCUCAAGUCUACGUGGUAUAUUUUGGUCAAUGAAUUUUGUGAACGAUUUACCUAUUAUGGAUUGAAAAUUAUGUACCUGACAAGAAUAUUGAAGUUCAACGGAGACGAGUCAACAAUAAUAUAUCACAGUUUCAUAUUUCUAUCGUACUUUGUGCCAUUGCCGUGUGCGAUCUUGGCAGACUCUUAUUGGGGAAAAUUCAAAACAAUUACAUGUUUGUCGUCUAUCUACGUAGUGGGAUGCAUCGUGCUCACCGGCGCAUCGAUUGCAAAUAAGUUCGGCCUUGACGUUCAAAGAGUCUUAGCUUUCCUUGGAUUAUUUUCCAUAUCCGUUGGUACGGGUGGCGUAAAACCGUGCAAUUUUGCGUUUGGUGGAGAUCAAUUUCAAUUGCCUCAACAAGAAAAACAUUUACAACACUUCGCUACCAAGUUUACGUUGGCCGUAUACACUGGAUCGUUGAUCUCGACGUUUUUGAUGCCUGAAUUAAGACACAGCAUACAUUGUUUUGGUAGAGAUACGUGUUUUCCAUUAGCUUUCGGUGUACCAACCAUUAUGAUGUUAAUUGCCAUAGCGAUAUUCGUAGCUGGAAAAAACACGUACGUGAGAAAAAAACCGGAAAAUAACGUCUUAACCAGGACGUUUGGUUGCAUUUUUUAUGCACUACGAGCGAAGUUUACUUCAUCUGUUCCCUGCAAAACCCACUGGUUGGAUAACGCUAAAGGAAAGUACACCGAAUCAGAGAUAUCUGACACAAGGUCGGUCUUGAGCGUGAUAUGCGUAUUCACGGCAUAUCCGGUAUUUUGGUCACUGUUCGAACAACCGGGUUCAAGGUGGACGUUACAAGCUCUGCUGAUGAACGGUCGCGUGGACUUCUUAAACUGGACAAUCAAACCAGAUCAAAUCCAGAUGCUAGUACCGUUAUUUGGAGUAAUUGUACUCGUCCUUUUUGACGCCGUUCUGUAUCCGAUGUUUGCAGCGAUAGGACUCCGGAAACCAUUACAAAAGCUAACCUUGUGCGGUGCCCUGGCGGUCAUAGCAUUUGUGUUCGCAGCCCUACUACAGUUUAAAAUAGCUGGUAACACAACUGAGAUACCAUCCGGAGAAGGGCGGCUAUACAUUUACAAUGGUUUCGAUUGUCCCGUGUUCGUACAGUCGAAAUCGUUACAACUACAGAAUCAAAUCGGCCCACUCGAAAUGUUCAACGUCAGUCAUGCAGUUGUGUCUCAAAAUUCCUCAGAAGAUGUCAUGGUCGUCGGGAUCACAUUACGCUUCGGACCAAAAUGCAAUUUUGUAUUAGACAACUACGAGUUCCAUACCACUAUAACAAUAAUCGAAGGAAAAGAGAUUUCGUAUCACUUGGCCCGGCUAAAUGCAAACACAAUUGCAUUAAAUCGUAUUGGUAUUCAUGACAGUUUAGUCAAAGAAAAGUUUGGAAACCCAAAUUUAAGAGUUUUGGUCGAUCAUACAUUUGAUUAUGACGAUAACAUUACACUGACUUGUGCAGAUCACAACUCGUUUACUUCGUACCCUCUGUCUGUGUUUCGAGGGAUGCACUUUAAUGCCAUAAAAGUCGGAAAAUAUAAUGUAUUCUACAAUGGAAAAAUGGUGCCCACGCCAACCAUGGACAUAAUACCAGCGACAUUUUAUACACUUACUUUACAACGAAAUGGCGAUAAAAUGGAUGUACGAUUAUUUACCAAAGACGAAGGAAACUAUAUUCACAUUUUGUGGCAGCUUCCGCAAUAUUUGUGCAUGAGUAUAGCCGACAUCAUAUUUAUGGUCACCAUAAUAAAAUUCUCAUUUACUGAGGCCCCAAUAAGCAUGAAGUCGUUCAUAGCCGCUAUUAGUAUGUUGACAUUGGCACUUGGAAAUUUGUUGGUCGUUAUCAUUUCAACGAUAUCAUUUAAAAAUCAAGCACACGAAUUUCUACUUUACUCUGGUCUUAUGUUUGCGGACACGUUAUUAUUAGGUUACUUCAGUGUGGUUUAUAGGAGUAAAAAUACCGAUAAAACUGACUCGAUGACAUUGAACGAACAUGAAAUGGAAGAAACUACUGUUUCCGACUGAAUGUUGUUUCAUUAACUGGAAACAAGACCAGGCUCGAAGAAUAAUUAUAAUUUGUAACUCUAAUAAUUAUGUUAUAUAAUAAUAACACAUCUAUCAUUUACGUAUAUUGGAAUCUUCUAUCCAUUAUAUUAUAUUUA